AUGUCAACGAUAAAUCCCAGUGAAAUUGUUGGGAUUGACAUGGAAGAGGAAAGGAAACGCAUACUAGUUCCCGAGUACUCUGGACUGGGACCACCAGAUCUUGUUGUUGUUAUGAAAGAUGUUGAUGGAAUUUUAUACAAGAACUACCAUCAAGUGUACGGUAUAUCCUAUAAAAGCCAAUCAGGAUUUAUUGAAUAUUUUCAGAAAUUUGUUGCUGAUCAGACAAAAAUUCAUAACGUAUCAAAUAUCAGAUACGGAUACGUCUUAACAUGGGAUAGCAUCUGGCGCCAAGACGUAUGCAUACCAUCCUACCAGAUUAACUUUGCGAAAAAACCAAACUGGUUCAAUUUACAUAUUUCUUCUGUUCUCAGAUUCUACAGGCAUGACAGUUCAUUGUUAUAUUCCAUUUAUGGAGGCAUUCCUUAUGUAUAUUUGCCUUCAGUUACACAGCCUUUAUUUGAAAUUUCUUUGGAAGAUUUAGAAUACGCUGCAGAUCUUUUUUCAAUGUUCUCUAUGACAAUGGAACAUCAAUUAGCUAUCUCUCGUGCUCUACUUUGCAACUGUAAUACCCCUCAAAUUAUGAAGUUUUUAUAUGCAUAUAGUAAUAGUUUGCCAGCAAUACUAGUUCACAUCUCCAAAAUACUUCCACCAUCAACAGCAAUAGAAGGUGGUGUAUACUUUCUACUCGAAACUCAUCUAGAUACAUUUUGUGAUGAUUUAGAAGCAGUUUUUGCUGUUUUUACUUAUUAUUUAAACCAUUCUCAGCCGCAAAAGUGCAAAAGGUACAUUCCUCUACUCGAGCAAACUAAAUUUCACCAUCCUUUGGCCGCAAUUUGUUUAGCAAGAUAUUAUAUUUCGACGAAAACUACUUCUGGAUAUAACUGUGCCUUCCACUGCUUGAACAUUGCAGGAUUAGCUAAAGGAUGGAGCUUACCCGGCCUAACACCAGACGUAGAUCCGAAAUAUUUAUCAGAAGUUGUUUUUCCAACGAGUCACACAAAACUAGAGAAGUUAAUUGUAGAUUAUCCGGUCACAGGGAGGACACAAGCGUAUUUCGAUGCUAUUAAUGAGCUCAUUGACUCAUAUUCAGAGAAAACAUUCACGAGAGUUAUGAAUAUUUUCAUGGAACAACAUCCAUUUGUUGAAAAAGAGCCAAAUUUCCCUGAAUACCCAUUUUUUUAUUCAGAUUCGUGUAAAUCUACAGAUGAGUUUUAUUUGUUUGAUCCAGGAAUCGAAACAGAACCAAUAAUAACACCAGAACUGAGGAAUGUUCCAAUGUCACAUAGAUUUUACAACAUGAUACAAAUGGUUUUAGAAGGAAGAAAAAGAUUACAGAAGUUGACAGCAAAACUUUAUGUUAGAGAUAGUUUUAAGUCAACUGACCUUCUUCUGGCACUGAGAUUUAAAGAUGGAGUUGUUUUCAACGUUGUUUACGAAUACCUCAAACGAAAUAACAAGUUGACUGGAGCAGGAUAUCUUUUGGUUCUCAGAGCAAUUCUUCUUGGCAUUGUGAACUUGGAUAGCGUUGCAAUGCCAAAUAUAUUAACUGCAGACCAGGCUUCUGUGAUUCCUUUUGCUAAGGGAUUCAUUGAGAAGCUGGUUCGGCUUGAACGCGUAUAUUUAUAA